AUGACAUCCUUUUACGACGAGAUUGAAAUCGAGGCAAGUUCUCCAUUCAUCUCUGACUUUGAGUACGACGAGGACGAGGAUAUCUACUUUUACCCUUGUCCGUGCGGCGACCGGUUCCAGAUCACCAAGGAGGAGCUUCAGGAUGGCGAGGAUAUUGCUCGGUGCCCGAGCUGUUCGCUCUUGAUCAGAGUCAUCUACGACCCCGAUGAUUUUGCGGACGAGGACGACGAGGAGUCGACGUUUACGAUGACUGCAUUGGCUGAGGCCCUUCCUGAGCCUAUUACUGCUUAA